CUGUUCCUCCUCCUCCUCUAGUCGUUCUCUACGCUUGUCAGCUAGCGACGGCCUUCAAAUCCAGAAAGCAGUCUUUCGCAGGAUAGGAAAGUUUUAUUAACUCUUUAAGCAAACCCAGCCUUUCAUUUAUAUUUCCAAAGACCAUGGCUAGCUACCACAAACCCGACGAGAAGACUUUGCAGGGACUUAAAGACAUUGCUAACAAGCUAAGGAUCAACUCCAUCAAAGCAACAUGCGCGUCCAACUCUGGCCAUCCCACAUCAUGCUGCAGUGCUGCAGAGCUUAUGUCUGUGCUCUUCUUCCACACCAUGCGCUAUAAAGCAGAUGAUCCUCGUAACCAGUGCAAUGACCGCUUUGUGCUCUCAAAGGGUCAUGCUGCACCUGUCUUGUAUGCUGCCUGGGCAGAAGCAGGUUUUGUCAAGGAAUCUGAUCUUCUCAACCUGCGUAAGAUCGACUGUGACCUAGAGGGGCAUCCCACACCAAAACUGGCAUUUGUUGACGUGGCUACUGGAUCUCUUGGCCAAGGUCUUGGGGCUGCUUGCGGGAUGGCCUAUACCGGCAAACACUUUGACAAAGCCAGUUACCGUGUAUACUGCAUGCUUGGUGAUGGUGAGUGUUCAGAGGGGUCUGUGUGGGAGGCCAUGGCUUUUGCCUCCUACUAUAAGCUGGACAACCUGGUGGCUAUCCUGGACAUCAACCGUCUUGGUCAGAGUGAGCCUGCACCCCUGCAGCAUGACAUGGAAACCUACCGCAAGCGCUGUGAGGCAUUUGGGUGGAACACGCAUGUUGUGGAUGGACAUGAUGUGGAGGAGCUGUGCAAAGCUUUCUGGCAUGCUCAGCAGGUUAAGGGUAAACCUACAUGUAUUGUUGCAAAGACUCUCAAAGGAAAAGGACUCAAAAACAUUGAGGAUCUUGAGAACUGGCAUGGAAAGCCCAUUCCUAAGGACAAGGUAGAGGAAGUAUUAAAGGACCUGCAGUCUCAGAUCCAGGCCCCCAACAAGACCCUCUCCCCAAAGAUGCCCAGUGCUGAUGCAGCACCAGCUGACCUUAGCCCCAUCUCUCUGCCUUCACCUCCAGCUUACAAGAAGGGAGACAAGAUGGCUACAAGGCAGGCCUAUGGUAUAGCUCUGGCCAGACUGGGUCAGGGAAGCCAGAGGGUCGUAGCCCUUGAUGGAGACACAAAAAACUCCACCUUCUCUGAAUUAUUCAAGAAGGCUCACCCUGAUCGCUACAUAGAGUGUUUCAUUGCUGAACAAAAUAUGGUAGGUGUGGCCAUCGGCUGUGCCACUCGUGACCGCACAGUUGCAUUCGCCAGCACGUUUGCUGCCUUCUUCUCAAGAGCCUAUGAUCAGAUUCGUAUGGGAGCCAUCUCCCAGUCAAAUGUCAACCUAGUGGGAUCUCACUGUGGAGUCUCCAUUGGUGAGGAUGGUCCCUCCCAGAUGGCCCUUGAGGACCUGGCCAUGUUCCGCGCCAUACCAACAUGCACUGUGUUUUAUCCAAGCGAUGCAGUGUCUACAGAGAGGGCUGUUGAGCUGUCUGCCAACACAAAGGGAAUCUGCUUCAUUCGUACCAGCAGACCAGCCACUGCAGUGAUCUACUCACCAGAUGAGAAGUUUGAAGUGGGCACAGCAAAGGUGCUGCACCAGUCUGACAAUGAUGUGGCGACUGUCAUCGGAGCUGGAGUCACUCUGCAUGAGGCACUAGCUGCUUAUGAUACACUCAAAAGUGAAGGAAAAAACAUUUGUGUAAUUGACCCAUUUACUGUCAAACCCUUGGACGCUGAAACCAUUUUGUCCCGGGCCAGAGCCACAGGAGGGCGCAUCAUCACAGUGGAGGACCACUACAAGGAGGGUGGUCUCGGUGAAGCAGUUUUGUCUGCAGUGGGAGAAGAACCUGGCAUCAUGGUGACCCGCCUGGCAGUGUCUGCUGUUCCCCGCAGUGGAAAGCCUCAAGAGCUUCUGGAUAUAUUCGGCAUCAGUGCCAAGCACAUCGUAGCUGCUGUCCGCCAGACCUUUGCAAACUAA